AUGCACCAGCCACGGACGGCUGAUCUUCGACCCCACUUUUCCCUUCUCGCCCGUACGCUAGAGCUUCUGCACGGGGAUAAGCAGAUCCUGAACGAUUUAUACACUUUUGUCGUGCAUGUACAAGCAAUCAAAUAUCCCACGUUUACUGACUUCAAUAACGCAUUCGAGACUGUUUUGCAGACACACAAUAUGAGGCGCACCGCUGACACCUUCUACACUAGCUUUUUAACCUCUGUUAUCGAUAUCGGCAAACGCGGAUACCACAUUUCAGAGGCAUAUGGCAAAACACUUGAUCUGUACAUGAAUGCUCGUGCAGCUGCUAUCUUUAGUCGUCUUCGCAAGUUGUUUAGAGGGCUGAAAGGGCUAAAAGCUGCAAAGCGAGUAGGGGUCCGUUUUCAUUCUGAUCACUCCGAGUGCAUAAACAACUGCCAGAGAAGCUUCAGUGCAAGCACGUAUCUUCCAUCGCCUUCGCCCUCUCUUUCAUCUCUUGCAUAUCCUGCACACAUGGUUUACAAUGCUCAUCCUUCCAGCAAGUCAUUACCUCGUAAAAGAGCUUCAUCUACGGUCACUUUUCAAACCUGUUCGAAUGCGUUGUUUAAUGAAGCUACAGUAAAGCAAGAACCACAAUCUUCCAACGUCUCUCCUGGCAGGCCCAAGAGCUCAACUCGAGGCCCUCGGAUGCUUAUUAACGCGUCUAACAUGCUAAUUGAGUUGGAUGAUACUCGCAUUUUGAAGACUGCGUUCUAUGCGCUUGUGGCUAAUUACAAGAACAAGAUGUACGCUUCACAAAAGGCAAUUCUUGAAAAGAGCACUGCGGAGCGACUUUUGUACAUUGAAUGCAUUAUUAAGCAGAGAGCAGUUAUGCACACUUUGAGAUCUGGAUUCCAAGCAUGGAGGGCUAGACAGCAAGGGCUCAAGCAGGUGUAUAAAGAACUCAAGCGUCAUAAUAAGAACUUCAUCCUGCUAUGUUCACUGCUCAUGCGCAUGUCUGUCCCUGUUCUUGAUACCCACGGGAUGGAGCGUAGAGACAGGGUGAUACUGACUGUUAUUACCGUUAUCUUUCAUGUGCUCCUGGAUAAGCACCAAACCAUUGUAUCCCAGACAACACUAGCAGACCUGCACUACGGGCAAUGGAGUGUACGCUAUCUUAGGAAGUGCGCGUUCUAUGCUAUGCUGAGCCGAUACCUUGAUCUUCACAAGCGAUUAAAUGCUCCAUAUAAGUACCUAGACCCUAACUUGCCAUCACAGGAUUCGCAGAUGUAUUCAGCCGGCUGCCUAAUGCAGACCAUUGCGGGGCGCAACUUAGCUCUGAGAGCGCUGACUUCCUGGAAGAGCAGACUUCAGUCUUUGGAGUUAUCCUUUUCCCUAAUGCUGCACAUCAGAGACAGGCUCCUUAUGUCAAUCUCCUUCUUUUCCUGGCGCAAAGUUCAUGGAUACAACACCCUACUUACCUGCUUUGCAGUUAAUGAUGCCAAUAAGCUUCUUUCUCGGGCAUUCAAUGCAUGGAGACAGCGAUGCAUCAUCUUUGUGGAAACAGCCAGACACGACUCCCUGCACUUUAAGAAUAUUCAAAUUCAACGGGUAGUAUUAAGCGAUCUCCAUAGAAAGCUCGUUUAUACAGACUCUUUAGGGAAUAGCUUUAUGGGCAUACUACAAAACAGGCGGAUGAUUCUCAUACUACGCGAAUGGCGAUAUGCACUGCUCUUACGCAGAAUGGAGCGUGUUACUGCCAGUAGACAUAAUCAGUUCCUUUUGCGCCAGUCCUUGAACGCAUGGCGAAGUGAGCUCCUAGCAUACAGAUUCAGUCUUUUGUUAGAUACACCGUACAACUGUUCUAAUUCAUACUUCAUAAAAGCACCACCUAACAAGCAGCACCCUACCUACGCUGCUCUGGGGCUCUUGGCCCUCGGGGCAAUGAUUGGAGAUAUGCGCUCAGAGGUUCUCAACGAUUGCCCAACUCUGCGAACUAUUAAGAAGAUUGUUGGAUUGUCUGACUACUAUCGACACGAUAAGCGACCUUUGAAGUAUCUCAGAGACGUCGAUAUUGAUCACCUAUCCUCUCAGUUGGCUCCUGAUAGCAAGAACCAUGUUCUUAUGCAUUGCCUCAGAAGAUGGCAGUUGUUCAGCCUAAUGGAAUCAGAUAAGCAUAAAAACCAACGGUACUUAGAGGCCAAGCAUCGUCGCAGAGCACUUCAAAAGGCAUUCCAGGCUAUCAAGUGGGCUGCCCGUCGUUCUCACCGCCUACUGAGCGUGCAAGAGGUACUCCUCAAGAGACUCCAGCACAAAGCACUAAUCUUGUGGCGUAGAGAGCUGAUGGAGAAAAGAAUAAUUGAAUACAUAGCAGAGAAACACCAAGUCAACCUGCUGAUUUGGGCGUUUGAUGCUUGGAAGCUAAGGGUCUCUCUAUACAAUGGACUCAAUCUGUUUGCUGCCACUCUUCCACGGUAUAACAAGGACCUCUAUGACUCGGUGAUGCAUAUGCUUAGGCAGCAUGAAGAUCCUCAGGCAAUAAUUGAUCAUAUCUACACCACAUUAACAAACGACCCGUCUUGUCCGGAAAGCUUGUUUGAAGCACUAGAUGACUGUCUCACGUUAGGACAGCGUGGCACUUUGAUGGCCCACCAUGCUGCUAGUGGCCUCAGAGAGCGCAGUGUAUCGCGGCAACUUAAUAGAAACCAGGCUAUAGUAGCGGAUAUAUUCAGCAGGUGGCGGUUUCUAUAUGCUAUGCGACGAGACCAACUUAAUGACGCUAUAAACUAUCAUCAAAAGCGAAUAUUCAGGCGCUUUUUCUGGCGCUGGCACCACAUCUUUUCGUUGGCUUGUGAACAACGAUCUUUAGAGAAAGGAGAUGCCAUUCAUAGAGUUAGGUUGCUCAGGCACGCAUUUAUGAUAUGGCACUUCUUCACAGUAAGGCUUAUAAACAACGAUUCGCGUAUUUCAAAUAGGUAUCUUUUACAUAGAGCACUGACCAAUCUUCAACUCGGGAUUAAGGUACUCCAAUUUCAAACGCGAAGGGAUUCACUGACAUUACACAGGUGCAUAUCUUCUUGGCACACCGGCGUUGUCGAGGAGGUGUGCUAUAGCCGGGCUCUGUUUGAGAGCUACUUUCAGAGGAGAGCUUUCUGGACUUGGGCUCGGCGUCUGCGUCAUCUGAAUCAGGCAGAAGUGGAGUUGGCCAUCCGGAUAAACCAUAGAGUGGCCAGUGUAGCCUUCAGAAACUGGUUCCUUCUUUUCUCUGAGAAUUCUAUUGCCAACACCCGAUUGGAGAAUGCAUGGAGAGCACGUCUCGUUCUACUAAUGCUUCACAACUUGGUUGUGGCAAGGCGGAAAAGGUAUAUGAUUCUACAACAAAAUAUAGAUCGGCGUCUCUGUACAACUGCGCUUCGCCAUCUGCGCACUACUUAUAAGGACCUCUAUUUAGAGAAGAUCGCAAUUGAGCAUGCUCGUGCCAAAGAUCGCGCUCUUGUGAAGAGGAUAUUUGCAACACUGAUAGAAGCUUACCGGGAGCAAGAUGCUAAGAACUGUGCAUUAGUGAUGCUAUUCCAAAGGCGCUUCUAUCUGAGAGCGUUCUUGAAGAGAACUCGACAAGAGCGUAAUCGGCGCGUCAUCCAGGAGAUGUGGAUUGAGAAGGUCUUGGUGAAAAUGGCCUUCUUUGGGUGGAGAGAUCAGUACAUUAUUAAUCAGGAAGAGCUGCUCAUCAAAGCUGAAGCCUUGCAGAAGCGAUAUCUUAUCCGGAUUUGGCACAUUCAUACCAGAGCACUCGCCACUGGGCUGCUUUUAAUAGAAGAGCAGCAGCGCAGUCGGCGUAUGCUAAGUGCAUAUACAGCUAUCCUGGAGCGGCAUCAAAGGCUCGAAAUGUGUUACAGGUAUCUUCAUGAACACUACAAGCGUAACCUUCUUUCGCGCAUCAUGGCUUCAUGGUGCCAGGCUAAGAUGCUUAAUAAGCACUAUGACACGCAGCAACGCACCCGUUUCUACCGUCUCAUUCGCAGGUGGAAGCGCACUGCACGUGAGAAUGCUAUCUACCGCGUUCAAGAGAAGCGCGCCCUUGAGUGGCGUGAUCGCAAGCUCUUAUUCCAUGCCUUUUUGGAAAUGAAGGUGAGGGCUUUGACAUUCAUAAAUACGGGCAGCUUCGAUUUUCUUUAA